GCUUCGGCCGUUGCUUAAAGAAACUUGUUGCGGGUCCCCCAACAGAGACUGAGCUGCGGCAGCGGCGGCGACUGAGGAGGAGCUGGAAGUGGGCGGCGGAGGCCAGGACGAACGUCGGGUCCUGCGCUGCGACCUCAGAUUUCAGAGAGGCAACAGCGUGCCCGGGCGCGACCCCUGCGUCCAUCUCCAGUACGCACCACUCCGCGCGUGGCCCCAAUGCUGGACAUGAGUGAGGCCCGCGCCCAGCCGCCGUGCAGCCCUUCCGGCACCGCCAGCUCCAUGUCGCACGUGGAGGAUUCCGACUCCGACGCGCCACCGUCACCCGCGGGCUCCGAGGGCCUGGGCCGCGCGGGGGGCGGUGGCCGGGGUGACUCUGCUGAGGCGGCGGACGAGCGCUUCCCAGCCUGCAUUCGUGACGCCGUGUCACAGGUGCUCAAAGGUUACGACUGGAGCCUGGUACCCAUGCCCGUGCGGGGCGGCGGCGGUGGCGCGCUCAAGGCCAAACCUCACGUGAAGCGACCCAUGAAUGCCUUCAUGGUGUGGGCGCAGGCGGCGCGCCGUAAGCUGGCGGACCAGUACCCGCAUCUCCACAACGCGGAGCUCAGCAAGACACUGGGCAAGCUGUGGCGCUUGCUGAGUGAGAGCGAAAAGCGUCCCUUUGUGGAGGAGGCUGAGCGGCUCCGUGUCCAGCACAAGAAAGACCAUCCAGAUUACAAGUACCAGCCACGCCGAAGAAAGAGCGUGAAGACUGGCCGGAGUGACUCUGAUUCUGGCACUGAGCUGGGUCACCACCCUGGUGGUCCCAUGUACAAGGCUGAUGGGGUCCUCAGUGAUGCACACCACCAUGGUGACCACACAGGCCAGACCCAUGGGCCACCCACCCCACCCACCACUCCCAAGACAGACCUGCACCACCAGGCUGGUGGGGGAGGCAAGCAGGAGCUAAGGCUGGAAGGGCGCCGCCUGGUGGACAGUGGACGCCAGAACAUCGACUUCAGCAAUGUGGACAUCUCAGAGCUCAGCAGUGAGGUCAUCAGUAACAUGGACACCUUUGACGUCCACGAGUUUGACCAGUAUUUGCCCCUCAAUGGUCACUCAGCCCUGCCUACAGAGCCCAGCCAGGCCACUGCCUCUGGCUCCUAUGGGGGCACUGCCUACUCCCACUCUGGGGCAGCUGGCAUUGGGGCAUCUCCUGUGUGGGCCCACAAGGGAGCUCCCUCAGCCUCAGCCUCACCUACAGAGGCAGGCCCCCCACGGCCACACAUCAAGACAGAGCAGCUGAGUCCCAGCCAUUACAGCGACCAAUCACAUGGUUCUCCCAGCAGAGCUGACUAUGGCUCCUUCAGUGCCCAGGCCAGCGUUACCACAGCUGCCCCAGCCACAGCUGCCAGCUCCUUUGCCAGUGCACAGUGCGACUAUACUGACCUGCAGGCCUCCAAUUACUACAGUCCCUACCCUGGCUACCCAUCCAGCCUCUACCAGUACCCUUACUUCCACUCAUCUCGCCGGCCCUAUGCCUCUCCGCUGCUGUCCAUACCACCCACCCACAGCCCCAGCAGCAACUGGGACCAGCCGGUAUACACCACCCUGACCCGGCCCUGAGGCCACUGCACGCUAGGGGGACUCAGCGUUCACAGGACAGACAGGUCUCUGAGGACUCCCAGAAGUUUGCUUUAGAGAAGGGUGAGGCAGCCAACAUGGCCUCACUCUGUCAAGUGCCUGCCGAAUCUGCAGGAAGCCAGGCUUUGUCACCCAGUGUCCCUUUGUUUCUGGAUCUCCAAACUUCUGCCAAGGGACAGAGCUAUCUUUUCCUUCUCCUCUCCCUCUGAGGUGACUGAUGAUUCCAAAACAGACAGCCAUUUGGUUCCUCUCCUGUGAGGACAGGUGGUCACCAGUGCCUCAGUAGAAGAGUAGAAAGGGCACCGAGGUCCUCACCAACCCCACCAAGAACCUCCUGGGACCAAGGGAUGUUGUUUCCGUGGUGAUGGUACAUCCAUGGAUAUUCGGAGAUGCAUCCAUUCUGGCAUCUCUUGGGACCAGCUUGAGAUUGAGGGGGUUUCUCAUCACAGUUCUUCCCAGCAAUUUUGGCUGAGAUGAACACACUUCUCAUGUUUAUUUUUAUUAUGUUUUUGUAAUUUUUAUUUUUAAUGCUUAAAUGUGUUUGUUUUGAAAGCUGUUGACGUAUUUAUGUUCUGUAUUAUUUUAUCUUUAAUUAAUGAAGUAAUUUGUUCAGAGAGUAGAAUUUAAGACAGGAUGAAAGCUGGGAAAGAUUUGUUUCACGAGGGGGCAGGUAGGAGGCAGUCCAGCACCUCACAGCAUCGCUUUACUCAGCCUUCAGACAGCCUGGGAGGCCUGUGGCCAGGCACAAGAGGAAGUGAUUAACCUCGUGGGUAUGGUCAAAGCAGAAUGCCCAGCACUGGCAUCAGAUCGGGCAUUGGUAGGCAGGAGUGUCAUCCCUGCCCUGAUGGUGCCAAGCGAUAGAAGACAGAAUUUCCUUCAAGUUGGAGGCUGCAGAAUCACAAUUAUCUUGGGUCUUCAGCACCAGGUGCCACCUACCAAGCUGUGAAAGGAAACCUCCUCCACUAACGGUGUCUAGAUUCCUAGUUAGAGAAUAACACCUGCUUUACUGCCCUGCUUCUCUCUGUGCUAAGUGUAUAACUGUCUACUUCACGGGAAACUUGUGCCUUUGGAACUUUGUACAUUUAAACACAUUUGAGAAGUUUGCUUUUUACUUUUCUACUUUUCCUACCUUUUUUUAAAAAGAGAAAGACAUGUCUUUUUUUUUUUUUUCUUUUAGCAUAUCUCCUUCUGAGGGUGAUGGUGGGAACCACAGCAAACUCAUUUUUAUGUAGUCUAUUUGUGUGUGUGUGUGUGUGUGUGUGUGUGUGUGUGUGUGUGAAAUUCAAAAGACUUCUGCUGUCACUCGCCUGCUCUGUUUUGCUACUUUCUGACCAAGCAAUGCUAACUUUUGUAC